UUUCAACCUCCACAUCAUGAGCGAAUUCAUCGUGGCGUAUCGUUUAGAAGUAUCUGCAUUGUCUUUAACAUUCUCUUGCUGUGUCAAAUAUCUGAUCAAGCUCCAGCCAAUCAAGAUCAACUACAUCUCGUCCAAGUGAUAUGGCGUGACGGGGAUCACGUUCCAGCGAGGAUCUGCAAGAAGGACGCAAACCACUGGCCCGGACAACAGUGGGGACAGCUGACUGUCACAGGAAUGCAACAGCACCACGCGCUAGGUGCCCUUCUGUUCAAAAAGUAUGCAAUUCAAGCGGAACUCCUUAAUACCACAUAUUCAUCAUCUGAGUUACACAUCAGAACGGUUGACCUGAAUCGAACAAUCACUAGCGCCACAUCAAACGCGCUAGGGAUGUUUUAUGACGACAGCAAUUUGGUGACUGGUUUGGACUAUCCGAAUAAUAAGGAUUGGCCGAAAGGAUAUCUGCCGAUUCCUGUGCAUAUGAUUGAACAACAAACUGAUCAUGUAAGAUCAACAGCACCUAAUGAAGUGCUCUCAAAAUCUAAUGAAGUACUGAAAUCCACUGAAAUUGUCAUAACUAAAAGAACUGGCCAACUUUCCAUGCUUCUGAGUCUUGACUCAGAAUGCGCUCGACGUCGUUAUCUCAUCAACGAUGUUCUUCGCAAAUCCAAGCAAUUCACUGAAACCGAACAAAAGGCGCAGGCAUUCCUUGAUGAACUGUCAAAAAUAUGUGGCGAAAAAGUCACGCUUACGGAUGUGCCCUUUCUGAUGAAUUCGUAUCGAAUUGAGCGCUCACAAGGAAGAAUGCCGUUGUUGUCACGAGAGCGGUACCAAAAACUGCAACCAAUAGAAAACCUACUGAAUAACUAUAUGAAUGGGAAAGGUAUAGAAGGAAUUCAAGAUAUAGAUCUGAGUGUUGAAUUACCUAAAGUUCGAGCCGGUGGUCUUCUUUGGCAGAUCCUAAAUCGUAUGGACGCGAAGGUAAAAUGCUUGAAUAGUGCGACUGAUAAGAAAACGAAGGAAUGUAAAUAUCUGGACAAGUUGAAAUACUACGCAUACUCUGUGGCAGGGAAUAUGUUUGAUGCGUUUAUGGCGACGGCUCAUCUGGAAACUCCAUCAGCCCAAAAUCGGACAUCAGAUGCAUCGGCAAUUCUGUUUGAGUUUUGGACUACGGCCGAGGGUGUCAACGCGAUCAAGGUUUUCUAUGUGGAUUGUCCAACAAGCGAUUUCAAAUCAUUGAAUCCGCAAAUUUGCAAUGGAACAGCAAAGGAUUUUUGUGUGCUGGAUGAAUUCAAAAAGAAAAUGCAACCGUAUAAUCCGGGAGACAUUGACGCUUUAUGUUCACAAGUACCGUCAUCCUAUCAAAAUACAAAAUCUCAGUCUGUUCGAGCAUCGGAACAAGAAAUUCAGUCGUUGGCUAUUGACAAACAGCAAGAGGAACUCAACUCGACAGCAGCAGAUGCCGCCGGAAGAAAACGUGAACUGAUAUUUGUGCAUGCGGCAUGGCGUCAUGGUGAUCGAACUCCAAAAAGUAUUUGUCCGAACGACCGCGAUAAUCAAGCGUCCACAUGGAGGAAAGGACAUGGUGAUACCACCGUGCUUGGAAUGCAAGAACAACAGCAGUUGGGAGCACUCAUUUAUAAUGAAUAUGCUGUCAAGAACAAAUUUCUUAGUGCAACAUAUAAUUCAGCCGAACUGUACGUUCGUGCAGUGGAUCUGAACCGAACACUUACAAGUGCCCAAUCGAAUCUGCUCGGAAUGUACUACAAUCGACCCAAUCAGGACAACUUAUAUCCACAUGAAGCUGCUUGGCCAAAAGGUUACUUCCCGAUCCCAAUCCACACCGUCAACAUGGCUACCGAUUAUGUGAGUAGUGUCAUGACAACUCACCAGGUAUCCGAUCCUCAUGCAAUAUGCGCACGCAAAAAUGACCUUUUGGCACUUCAGUGGAAAACUGAGAAGGUCACAGAAUUUGUAAAGAACAAUCAGGAAUUCUUGAAAGAGGUAUCAAACGUCUGUGGCGCACCUCUUACAAUUAAGAAUAUUUCAGUAGCAGUUGACACUAUGUUUGUUGAGAAGAAACUAUUCCGUAUAACUGCAUUAAUCUCAUCCGGGAUUUACGCUGGAGCAUUUUAUUUAGACUCGGUAAACGAAACCUUUCACGGUUACAACCUACGAGUGGACUUGGCGACAAUUGCAGAUCAAAUGUUCUCAAUUGGUGAACAUCAACAAAACGGAAUGUACGUGGAUCCGAGACCUUAA